AUGCGUCCAAUGAUAAAACAGAUUAUUGCUAGGUGGCAAAUGUUGCCAUGGCACCGGGUUAGGCGUAAAGCGUUCGCUUAUCCCGUUCUCUCCCUGAAAUAUUCUCGGUUUUGUUAUUUUGCUCUUCUGGGGUUCGCUUUAAACUAAUAAUCGUAUAUAUAUAUUCUACUUUUAACAAGCGUUUUCUUCUUUGAAUGCGAGCACGUCGUGCGUGCUAACUAGCUCCCUAGCUAACGUUAGCAUGUCGAGCUAAUCUGCUUGAGUGGAUAAUCCUGAUCUCUCUCGCACUUUAAUGAUGUUAGCAGCAAUUCGCGACUCACGGAUGUUCCCGGUUGUUGUUUUUGUGGCUGGGUAACAGGGUAAUUUGGCAUCACGCUUUCCUCCACGUCAGAACUUUCGCCAAAAAGAUGGAGAUUAAUCUAAAUCGAGUUGAUUACAUACAGGUUGGUGUGACAUCCCAGAAAACGAUGAGGUUGUUGCCAGCAAUAGGGAAAACUCAGAAGGUGGCUGUAGCAGACAACGAUGGCAUCCUGACAUGUUUUGGAAUGAAGAAGGGAGAGGCGGUGCCUGUGUUCAAAACACUUCCGGGUCAGAAAAUAUCCCGAAUGGACCUCGGAGGAGCUGCGGGAACUCCCCAGGAGAAGAUCUUUGUCUGCUCUGGUUCUCAAGUGCGAGGGUUCACCAAGAAAGGCAAACAGUUCCUCACCUUUGACGCCAACCUCACCGAGAGCAUCAACGCCAUGCACGUGUCAGGCGCUGACCUGUUUGUGUGUGCAAGUUACAUCUACAACCACUACUGUGACUGCAAGGACCAGGACUACUUCCUGUCAGGAGACAAGAUCAACGACAUCACCUGUUUGACAUCGGAGACCCUCACCCGCCCCAUUCCGGUUCUGGCAUGUCAAGACCGGGUUCUCAGGGUCCUGCAGGGAUCUGAGCUGGCCUACGACGUGGAAGUCCCCGGACCGCCGUCUGUGCUGGAACGCUACAACAAAGAUGGAGGAGAGGACAUCCUCUACGGGACUACAGAUGGGAGGAUAGGACUUGUUCAGAUCGGAGAGACAGCAGCGGCCACCAAAUGGAAGAUUGACAGCGACAGUAAGAAAGGAGGAAUCCUCUGCAUCGACACCUACGACAUCGUGGGCGAUGGCGUGAGUGACAUUCUGGUGGGCCGUGAUGACGGGACGGUGGCCGUUUACGGAUUUGACGGCGCCAACGAGCCCACGCUACGCUAUGAGCACGCCUUGUCUGAGAGCGUGACCUCCAUCCAAGGAGGCUGUGUGGGGAAGGAGUCAUAUGAUGAGGUCUUGACUGUCACCUAUGCAGGCUGGGUGAUGGGUCUGACCACAGAGCCCCAGAAGGCUGAAGUGGGUCCUGGAGACGAGGUCCGGAUGAGCAAAGAGACUCUGUCUAAAUUGGAAGCCCUCAGGAUGGAGCUGGAGCAGCUGCAGGUGAAAGUUCAGCAGGGCCGCGAGCAGCACCAGCAGACCUUGCUGUCCAAGACGGCCGUCUGCGUGGUGCCCACCUUCAGCAUCAACGACAAGUUCAUCCUCUGCCAGGACGACGCCAGCUACAGCCUCACGCUGGAAGUACAGACCGCCAUCGACAACCUGCUGCUCCAGAGUGACGUCCCCAUCGACCUCCUGGACGUAGACAACAACUCCUCAGUGGUCAGCUUUAGCGAGUGCGAUUCAGAGGUGGGCAGAAAGAGUUGUGCUCAAAUCAAACAGUGUUCUUGUUUGUUUGCUUUGAUUUCUUCAUUAUGUCUCCAGCAGCCCAAUGGCAACUUCCUGCUGGCCACAUACAGAUGCCAGGCCAACACCACCAGGCUGGAGCUGAAGGUGAGGUCCAUCGAGGGACAGUACGGCACCUUGCAGGCUUACGUCACCCACAGACUGCAGCCUAAGACGUGUCAGGUUCGCCAGUACCAGAUCAAACCUCUCUCUCUUCACCAGCGUGCACACAACAUCGACCAGGAGAGACCCAUGAACAGGCUCAGUCUGGUGGGACAGUUCAGUUUCGCAGAGAUCCACUCUUGGGUGGUCUUCUGCUUGCCGGAGGUGCCUGAGAAGACGCCGGCGGGAGAGAGCGUCACCUUCUACUUCCAUAACACCUUCCUGGGCACGCAGCUGCAGGCCACCUACUGCAAAGGGGAGGGUCACUUCAAGUCGGACAACAUCUCCACCAUCUCCAUCCUGAGCGAUGUUCUCUCCAAGGAAGCCACCAAACGCAAAAUCAACCUAAAUGUUUCUUACGAUAUCAAUGACGACUCCGUGACCCACACCCUGAAGAUGAUCCAUCCUAAACUGGAGUACCAGUUGGUGCUGGCUAGAAAAGUUCAGCUUAUCGAUGCGCUGAAAGAGCUGCAGGUUCACGAGGGCAAUGCCGACUUCCUUAUCUCGGAGUAUCGCAACAUUCUGGAUGAGUCUGCCAGUCUCCUGGAGGAAUACAAGAAGCAGCCGGCGCACCUCGAGAGGCUUUAUGGCAUGAUCACCGACCUGUUCAUCGAUAAAUUCAAGUUCAAAGGUCAGAAUGUGAAAACCAAAGUGUCGUCACUCCUGGAGAUCCUGGACAAUUACGAUUUGAAUUCCCUCUUGGACUUUUUCAACGAGGCAUAGCUACUUGAUGUGUGUAUAUUUAUAUUAGAUUGUUUUUAAUAGAUGUUACUGUAGAUCAUGUCAUGCUCAGCUAUGAUGUCAUAUUUCAAUAUUUUCAUACAAGUGUGGUGAUUAAUAAACCACUAUUACUACGCAUUUGUGUUGUUGGUGAUUGU